AGUAAAACAGUAAUUUAAGUAGUUGUAAUUAGAUUCAGUAAAAUUAUUUAAAUAAAGGAGCAAUGAAUAUUUCAAAAAUAAGUUGGUUUUGUCUAGAAUUAUAUUUACUUCUGUGUAGUUUCAUUGAAGUGUAAAUACAAAGAAAAUCAAAGCGCGAAUAAAGCUUAAAGGCAAAGCUGUGUUAAUAUAUUUAUAAAAAGGGAGAUAAUGGCCAGGAAAGAAUAUUGAUUAAAAGUGGGGAAGCACUAUAACAACCUAAUACUCAAGAGAGAUUAUCAACUAAACACUUUGGCUGGAUAGGGGGAAGACUACUACGUCCAGUAGCAUUUAGAAGUUUAAUGUGGAUAGUACAGAGGAAUAUAAACCUGCAUCAAGCAUGGUUUCAGCUUUGAGCAUAUUGGAAUGGAAAUAUAUAGUUGGAUUGGUAUUCUUCAUCGUAUUACUAAUGCCCUAUUCGUCAAAUAAGAAAAUACGCUAUUAUGGAGUGUAUACGUUCUACGUGCUUUACGUAUCUACUUUUGGACUUUUAUUAGUGCCUAUUUUUUUACUAAGACCAAAAAAUAUUGACAAUUUAACUAUUGCUGGUAUCAUAAUGAAAUAUUUUACUAAAGUACUCGGAAUAACAUGGUACUUGGAGAAAGGAAAAGACAUACUCAAAGAACAGAGGGGAGCUGUUAUUGUUGCAAAUCACCAAAGCGUUCUGGAUGUUAUGGGAAUGUGGAACAUCUGGGAGAUAAUGGGAAGGUGUACGGCAGUGGCUAAAAGGGAGAUAAUGUAUGUUGCACCAUUUGGGCCGGUUGCCUGGCUUGCCGGGCUCGUUUUCAUCGAUAGAUCAAACCCAAAAAAGGCAAAGGAACAACUCAAGAAAACUGCCUACCUUGUGAAGGAAAAAAAGACGAAGCUGUGGCUUUUCCCUGAAGGAACUAGAAACCAGAAAGGCAAGGAAUUACUUCCAUUCAAAAAAGGGGCUUUUAUAACUGCUAUCGAAUGUAAUGUUCCAGUUAUACCUGUUGUAUUUUCACCGUAUUAUUUUAUUGAUUCUAACAACAAAAUAUUCAACAGAGGUAAUAUGUACAUAUCAGCCUUGGACCCAAUACCAACUGACAAUCUGACGCUUGAUGAUGUCGAGUUGCUUAUGAAUAAAACAUAUAACAUCAUGCAAACAGAGUAUCAACGUCUUACAGAAAAAAUUGCUCCUUUAAAGAUAUCUAUCGAGUGUAGAUAACCAAAGUUUUUGGAAUACAAAAAUCCCAUUAUGAAAAGAUUGAGAUUUUAUUCAAGUUUCAAAAAUGAGCAAAUUGUAGUCUUUCCAAAUAAAAAAUCUAUUUUUUA